CCCCGCGAGCGCGCUGCGUGUCCGCAAAAUGGACGCAGCGGCGCGCUGACGGCAACGGGUUCACCUCCGAUAACGAGUAGUUUAUUGAUGCUUUAUUUUCAACGUGGUGCCUGGUUUCAUUCUAAAUAACAUUUUUAUGUUGAGGAGGAAAACAAUAUAUUUCACUACAUGGUCGGAUAAUAUAUCAAUUAUUAAAUGACGCAUUUAUGCACUGACUUGACUUGAGGGUCGUUCAACAGGCGAGCGUUCUCCUAUUAGAAGGCAGUAAGCACACGUCUGACUGGGGGCGGGGUGAAGGAAUGUCCCGUAGCUGUCAAUUAUAUGCUACACACGGACACACAAAUAGACACAAACACGUUGAUACACGCGCUGCUCUGCUGACUGACCCCUGACCGGAUCGUCUCUCAAACGAGACAGACUCCCUGUUCCUUGUUGCCAUGGUUAAUAUUAAACUAACAACAAUGACUGGUCACAGUAACUAUUUUCACUCUUUACCAGGACAUUGCAUGACGUGUUCUAAAAAACAACAACACAAUGUGGGUGUUUUUAAUGUAUGUAUAUAAACUAAACUAAAUAUAGUUUUUUUUAGGUAAUCAAACAUAUCACAUAUUAAUGUGCACGCAGCAUACACUCAUUUAAACAUGUUAAAAAGCAAUAGGGAAGUUUCACAUUUUUGGCAGCUUUGUGUCCUGGAAAGAUUACUUCAUUCUCAAACCAAAGGUCAAAACUCAACCCCUCUGACUAUUUCACUAAACACCGUCUCAUCAGUUGUUGAUGUCCUGAUGCCAAAUUUUUUUCAACUAUAAAACAAUUAAAAGGGAGUUGUGAUGUCCAAAAAUGUCAUUUUUUUCCGAGUACAAAACUAUGCCGGAUGCGAAUAUACCCUCCCCUCCACACACACACACACACGCGCGCGCACACACACUCUCCCCACUGACUGUCUCCUUCCUCCUGCGUCAUCAGCACGCGUCUGUUUCAGGUCAGCUGUAGUCAGUCGGCGACGGGCAAAGGGCAAUGGAUGCGUUACGUGAACACUGAAGGUGGCUUCGAUGCGUUUGGUGUGUAAGUGAAACCGUGUCCGCGCUGCGUGAACCUCACAGACACGCGAGAAGCUGGAGACUCCCGCCGACGUCACUUCUCCUCUUAACCGAUCGCACUGGGACGCGCCGUGUGUUCUUUGGUUUCCUCUGACCGUUUUUGAUUAUCGCGUGAGUUUCUUCCCCCCCCCCUGGUCCCCGGGAUAAGUCGAAGUCCGCCUGCCCGCAUUUGGUUGACUACUAAACCCCGACAUCUGUGACUCAUCGGCAAACACCAAAAAAGGAGCAGUCCGGUUCGCAGUUGGAAUAUGCGCGUCGGGAUGAUGACACCUGCUGACAGUAUUAUCUUCCCAAACUGCACAGUCACGGAUGUGGCAGAUUCCUGAGCAGGAAGGAUGACAUCGGAGGCUGUGGUCUCCACGCCUGCUGCCUUGAGAGGCAGCAAACCUGCAGACAGGGACUACUACUUCCUUCGCUCCUUCGUAGCCGGAGGUGUUGCAGGAUGCUGUGCCAAGACGACUAUUGCUCCUCUUGACAGAAUCAAGAUUCUUCUUCAAGCCCAUAACCCCCAUUACAAACAUCUGGGUGUGUUUUCCACUCUGAAGGCUGUGCCAAAGAAAGAAGGCUUCCUUGGCUUGUAUAAGGGGAAUGGAGCAAUGAUGGUCCGGAUAUUUCCAUACGGAGCCAUCCAGUUCAUGGCCUUUGACAAAUAUAAAAAGCUUCUAAGUAAACGGGUUGGGAUCUCUGGACACAUCCACCGCCUAAUGGCGGGAUCUAUGGCAGGGAUGACUGCAGUUAUAUGCACCUACCCUCUGGAUGUGAUCCGAGUUAGACUGGCCUUCCAGGUGACAGGAGAGCAUGGCUACACUGGCAUUGCCAAUGCCUUCCAUACCAUCUAUCUUAAGGAAGGGGGCAUCUCAGGCUUCUAUAGGGGUCUUGUACCAACCCUUAUCGGAAUGGCCCCUUAUGCAGGUUUCUCAUUCUUCACCUUUGGUACCCUGAAGAGCCUCGGCUUGAAACAUUUCCCGGAGGUGGUGGGGCGACCCUCAUCAGACAACCCGGACGUCAUGGUUCUGAAAACACACGUUAACCUGCUCUGCGGAGGGGUUGCCGGUGCCAUUGCUCAGACGAUAUCGUACCCGUUGGACGUGGCUCGGAGAAGAAUGCAGUUAGGAUCUGUGCUUCCUGACUCUGAUAAAUGUGUAUCAAUGAGCAAGACCCUGACGUACGUUUAUGGCAAGUUCGGGGUGAAGAAGGGAUUGUACCGAGGACUUUCUCUCAACUUCAUCCGCUGUGUCCCCUCCCAGGCCGUCGCCUUCACCACCUACGAGUUCAUGAAGCAGACCCUCCACCUAAACUAGUAGCUUUUUUUUUUUUUCAAACACCUUCCGAGUCAGUAAGUAGAUCGGCCCUCGAUGCUUCCAUCGCGGGGGGCGAUCGGAGGCUCACUCGCUACGUCUUAAACUCCGUGCGGAAAUUGCCUUUUCCUUGAGUUCCCUGAAGGCGGCAGGGAGCUCCAGUUAACGCUGGAAAAGGAGAAAAAAAGGACGCCAUGUCGGUGUCAUCUCAUUACUUCUUGCUUUUGUGUGUCGCCAACCUCUUACGAGCAGUUUGUUAAACACACGACACGUGGCAACUACACCAGGGUGUGAAUGCAGCAGGUCAGCUUGAACGGCUUGGGGCCAAUCAAUGGUCAUUAACACUGUGGUGUGCAACACCAGACCAACCCUCUGAUUGUGUAGAAGCCCCCCUCAUUCGCACAAGUGUCCGCAUGAUCACAGGGGUUGUAAGAUAGACUGCAGCUUAAAAUUAUCAAAUUUGUGGCGUCUUUUCUCUACAAAGAAGGGAACUCUGAAGUGAAACUCAUCAUCAUGUGUUCUUCUUUUUACGGACGUGGUGAUUAAAUACAUAGUUUUUGUUGAAAGGUGACUGGAGUGUUAAAUAAUGGGAUGCUGUAUAAUGUUGUGUGUCCUCAGAGCUUCGCGUGUCUUUAAAUUUAGGCUGCAGGUUUUUGGUGAAAUGUCUUUAAUGAGAAGAAGUUUUGUGUUUUUUCUUUCCCUUUGUUCUCCAGAUAAAUCUGAAUUUAAUACAAUCACCGGUAUUGACCGAGGGGGCUCAUGAUUUCAGAUAAUUUAGCAUUUUAUUGGCAACCCUUUAAUUGGAGCAGUUCCUGUUCCUUUUUUGUUACUGGGCACUUUCAGCCUGUAGCUGUAAUGGUAUUGGUUUGUUUCGCCGCUGUGGUCUGAGAGGUAUUUUGAGUUUUUACCAUGAUGUGGAUGUUGCUCUGACAUGUCUGGAGGGACGUUAAUGGAAAAAUUUGCACUUCGUCGUUGGAGCCUUUUCUUCAUUUAUUUAUUAAGUUACCUGUUGCCACUGGGUGGCAGCAUUGAAUAUGAGUUGUAUUAUUUACCGUCAGAGCUGAACACAAUAUUCAUACACAUCUACAAAGCAGGUCACCACAUAGUGAGUAUAAUAUAUGCAGUGUUUUUAACCCGGCCCUGCUGAAGCUAUUCACAAGAGCUUCCCGGUGGCUUUUAGGAGUUAUUGCCCCGGAAAUACUCAACGCUUAUGACUGAAUAAAAACCGUUUAGAUCUCAAGUGCACUGCUGAUCUGCAUGUUUACGGGAACCUCUUCAGCAUCGUCCUUCAUUCAUUCAACGGUGUCCUACUUCACCACAGUGAUUCCUAUGUUUUACUGGGGUUUCUUCGCAUGGUUUCAGUUAAUGUUUCUGCUUUUAGAUGUAUAUUAAUAGAAGGGAUUUUUUUGACCGUUUUUUAAAAUUUGUGUUUACAGAUUGCUUCUAUGUACUGUCUUUUGUUUCUCACAUUGUUUCACUUCAAUAGCUGCCGGAGGCCCAAGGAGGUAAAAUUACAACAUAUUUCACAAAGGAGUGAAGGUGUGGUUUAACAGAAGUGAAGAAAACUAAUUAAUAAUUUAAAAAACUUCCAACAUUUAAUUGCCCCAAAUCACCUUGGAAAGUGCACGUAACAUUAGACACCUCUAUGUAAGUCUUAAUUGCCAACUGUAUGUAACAACAAUGCAUGAGGCACCGUAUCAAACUCUAACUUACCAUUCAGAAAACCAAAUGUAGGACUCAGCCACAUUUCUGCAUUGUGCGAUGCGCUCAUUCAUCUGCAGCACUGCUGUGCUUUCAUCCAACCUUUGGUUUUGGAUACAUGAUCUUUCCCUGUUGUUGCUGUUUGUUACUUUCUUUACGUCCACAAAGUCUAUCCAUCCUUCAAGAACAGAUCAGCUCUGUUCUGCUGCUCUCUGUACCAGAUGAUUAUACAAUAACAAAUUAUAUAUAUAUAUAUAUAUAUAUAUAUAUAUAUAUAUAUAUAUAUGUGAACACUGUAGUACUGUGACUGAAAGAAAUCGUAUCAUUUCGAGACUGAUUUAACAUGAAAAUGUAUUCAUUUGUCACGUUUCUAUUCUCGAAUUGUACAUUUUCUUCAGCGUUUGCUUUUUUGCUUGCUUUUUAUAAGUAGUGUCUGAAUUACAUGAACACGUCAACUUCUCUUGAGUACCCAUGUUUUUUUUAAUUUAUUUGUGAGCUUGAACAAUUAAAGGAACUUAUCCAAUACUA